AUGAGGACAGCAACGCGGAGCUUCAGGCUCGUCUCGCCGCGCCUGUGCAGGCUGCAUUCGACGCAUGCGUCGCACCAGCAUCUCGCGCCCGAGAACGCUGCGGGAGCCGUGCCGCAGAACGCAAGGCUCAGGUUCGCCCCCUCCCCGACUGGAUACCUCCACCUCGGCGGACUGCGUACGGCGCUGUUCAACCACCUCCUCGCGCGCAAGUGGGGAGGCAAGUGGCUCCUCCGCAUUGAGGACACGGAUCGGUCCCGCCUUGUCCCUGGCAGUGUGGACGCGCUCCGUAGCGCCCUCGAGUGGGCUGGCCUCGACUACGACGAGGGUGUGGGAGUCGGUGGACCGUGUGGUCCAUAUACGCAAUCGGAGCGAACAGAUCUGUACAGGGAGCAUGCGAAGGAGCUCGUUGACAAUGGUCACGCGUACGAGUGUUUCUGUACACCAGACGAGCUCGCUGCUAUCCGCGCCUCUCUUCGUGCACAGGGAACGCGACAGGGCUACGACGGGCGAUGCAGGCACCUGUCCCGCGACGAGGUGCGGCGGAACAAGGAGGCGGGCAGGCCGUACGUCGUCCGCUUCAAGAUGGAUCCAAAGGUGACGAGCAUGCCGGCGGACCUGAUCUUCGGCCAGGGACAGCCGAUAGGCGGGCAGAACGAGGACUUCAUCCUGCUGAAAUCGGACGGGUUCCCGACAUACCACCUCGCGUCCGUCGUCGACGACCACCUCAUGGGCAUCUCGCACGUGUUCAGGGGCGAGGAGUGGCUGCCCAGUGUGUCAAAGCACCACCAGCUUUACUCCGCUUUCGGAUGGACGCCGCCGCAGUUCGGCCACCUCCCCCUCCUCUGCAACGAGGACGGGACGAAGCUGUCAAAACGAUCCGGCGACGUCGACGUCGCAGCGUACGAGCGGGCGGGGUACGAGCCCGAGGCGCUUGUCAACUUCCUCGCCCUGAUGGGGUGGGACCACCACGCCGCGCUCGAGCAGAGCGUAGACAGCCUGCCCUACCACGUCAGGCAGGACCAGAACUCGUACUUUGAGGUCUUCUCUAUGCCACAGCUGAUCCAGGCCUUUGACCUGGGACUCGUCAACCAUCGCCGUGCCGCCGUCAGCAGGAGCAAGCUCGACUUCCUGAACAAGAUGACGCUGAGGCGCAAGGCGGGCCUGAUGUGGGACGACCCCGAGUUCCUCGCUACUGUCGGGAAGGACGUCGGCGCGAAUGAGGCGAAGAAGGCGCAGGAGACGGCCAAGGAGGAGCGCGGGCAGCUCAUCGCCCGCUUCACGGAGGACCUGAAGGCGCUGCCCGAGGUGAAGGACUCACCGCGCUUGAACGAUGCCAAGUUCAUCGAGAACAUCUUCAACAUUGAGCUUCCCCGUGCCACAAAAUUGAACGAGAUGGCGCCCAAGUCGGCAUACUUCUUCAAGGGGCCGAACUAUGAUGACGCGGAGGUUGGAGCGUUCUUCGCAAAGCUGAAGGCGACUACCUACGUCGAGGGCCUCGCACAGAUCAUGACGACUCUCUCCUCCCCCUCUCUGGCUUGGGACAUGGACUCGAUUGACUCGGUCAUCAAGCAGACCGCGAAGGAUCUGAAGCUGAAGAAGAAGUCCGAGCUCAUGCUUUCGCUCCGUCAUGCGCUGACGGGCGAGAAGAGCGGACCCAUGAUAGCCGAGCUGAUGUGGACGCUGGGCCGGGAGGAGACCGUGAGGCGGUUGAGGGCGGGCCGGUCGUGGGUCGUCGCCAAGCUGCGCGAGUGA